GCGGCGUAUCCCUUCCUUCACGAGGUUCCCUUCAUCAUCCUGUCCACGCCCGGCGUGGAGCAUCACCACAGCGCCGUCAUGGGCAACGUCCUCAACCCGGCCUACGCUCCCGGCCCAAUAGUCACCUUUCCACUACCCAUGAACGCCUGGUAUCGUUUCCUCAACACGCUGAUUCAUGCAGGAGUGCCAAUUUACUGGCGGACCUGGGCCGUCGUGCCCCUUAUACAGAAAGAGAUCUCUGCGCAGUUCCCAGAGCUGCCGCCGCUGUUGGACCUGGAGAGAAACAUGAGUCUGGCGCUGAACAACAGGCACUUUAGUAUUGGUAUACCACUGCCCCUCCUGCCCUCACAGGUGGAGGUGGGCGGCAUGCACUGUCGACCCGCCAGCCCUCUGCCCCAGGAGCUGGAGACAUGGAUCACAGGGGCGGGACCUGCUGGCGUCAUCUACUUCAGUUUGGGCUCCAUAACGCAAGGCACCCACAUGCCAGUCCAGUACCGUGACCUCUUCGUCCAGGCCUUCCGCAGGCUGCCGCAGCGCGUCCUCUGGAAAUACGAAGGUGUAAUAGAGAACGUUCCCGACAACGUGAUGCUCAACACGUGGCUUCCUCAGCAGGAUAUUCUCGGUCAGUAGUUCCCUCAGUGGAACCCA